CUUGUCCCCAAUUCCUUCGACACGCAUAGCAAGUUACGCCGCCUUGAUCACCGAGUAGCGGUAAAAUAGAGCCACAAUCAGGGCAGAAACCUGGAGUUGUGCAUCUGGUCGCAUCCAGUCGUACGUGAUACACGUAUGGUCACAGAAGAAUAAUAGAGUACUUUAGUGGUGGAACAAGUGUAGUUGAAAUAAUGCGAUUUCUUCACGUUGUAGCUGGUGUUGUGUUUGGCAGCAUGAUAUUGAACCCAAUUAAUGGGAACGAAAUCCUAUUCGACUUCACGAAAGCGAGCAACGUCGAUGACUGGCAAGAAAUCUCGGACACGGUGCGCACGGUGGGCAUGUCAAAAGCCGUGCUAUCUCUGCAAAAAACACAGGUCUUUCAGCGCGCUAUCUUUUUUAGUCUACUAAAUCCACAGCCAAACGGCGCUGGUUUCGCUGGGGUAAGAACGCCGGUAACGUGGGACUUGCGCGAGUUCAACGAAUUUCGAAUGAAAUGCCGUGGUCAAGGCCAGAAUUCCCAUUACAAAGUUGUGCUCCGCCACAAGAAUUCGUCGUCGAACGACGAUAUCGAGUACGAGCAAUUUUUCGAGGCGCCAAUGUCUGGCAGUAGUUUCGGCGAGGUGGUAUUGCCUCUGGCAAAUUUCAAAGCUUACUUCCGGGGUCGUGAGAUCAAGGACGCCGAGCCCCUGGAUCUCGGCCACCUGACGAUGUUUGGUUUGCAAGUUUACGGCGGCGUUUACCUGCCUAUCAAGCAAUCCGGCGUCUCGGCUCUUGAGAUCGAGCUAAUCGAGGCACGCAAAGCUAACUAGUUGUAACCUCGCCCUAAGUCAAUCUGCCAUCGAACAUUUAAUGUUUGCUUACGGUGUAUAUGGGCGCGUAAACGCCUCUACGCGCGCAGAAGCUCCUUCGCUGCACUACGUGUGUUUUCCUCUUGAUUAUUACCUCGAUUUUUUGUAAAACCAAUGCCCAUUAUUUGUUACGAUAUAUUAUUUUCAUGCGUGGUUUAGAUUGAUAAAAUAUGUUGUUCGAUUGGUUAAUAGAUGAAAAUAA